AUGAGUUCUGCUGCCGCUGCUGCUUCUGCUUCUGCCACUCAAGCCCCUACUGGAGCGGGAGCAAUGCAUCCAUACAAGAGACAUUUCCUCAAAUCUCAAAGUUAUGUGUUUGAAGAUCUGAAGGACACACCAUCCGCUACAAAUUCGAAUGAUGAUUUUUUGAGUGCUAAGCAUUCACCAUCACCGGUACUAGAAGCUUCAGAUCCACCCGCUGCAAAAUCACCAUCUCCACCUUCACCGCAGUUCCAAUCAUAUGACAAUACAAAAUGGUUACAGACGGUAGGACCACCACCCAGGCCAACUAAUACUAGACAGCCUUCAUCUCUAUCACUUGGCUCAUCUGAUGAAAUUCAAGGGUUUAUCUCAAGUCCUUCAGAUAGUUCGAGUCAAUUUCACGGUAGCGCUGGUGGCACUGGUGCUGGUGGAUUUCACAAGAAUAAAUCUCUGUCCGUGGACCUUUCUCAUCUUUAUAUGGUUAAUGGUAGCCUUGAUACCCAACUGACAUCAACGAACGAGUCUGCUGCUGAUAUGUCACAUCAACUGGUGAGUCGUUACUUGGGUCCUGGAAGUAAUGCUUCAUUAGUAUCACGUUUAAAGACCAUUGAAAUGUACAGACAAAAUGUUAAGAAGUCGAAAGAUGCUACCGUUCUGUUUAAUUAUGCGCAAUACAUGUUACAAACUGCGCUAACUAUGGAAUCUUCAAACACUUUGGUGGGAAGUAAUAGUGAUGGUGAAAGUAUGACGCAAGCUCAAUUAAAGAAAAAAUUUCUAAAGGAGGGCCAACACUAUUUGAAAAAACUAAGUGCCAAAGGUUAUUCAGAUGCUCAGUAUUUGCUAGGUGAUGCUUAUGCUUCAGGUGCAUUUGGUAAAGUGGAAAAUAGAGAGGCAUUCACAUUAUUUCAAGCGGCUGCCAAACAUGGUCAUGUAGAGAGUGCUUAUAGAACGGCGCAUUGUUUUGAAGAGGGUUUAGGUACUACAAGAGAUGCCAGAAAGGCAUUAGAUUUUCUUAAAUUUUCUGCAAGUAGAAACCAUCCAUCUGCAAUGUACAAAUUGGGACUUUAUUCUUUUUACGGUCGUAUGGGCUUGGGAACUGAUGUUAAUACAAAGCAAAAUGGUAUUAAAUGGUUAUCUCGUGCCUCUGCUAGAGCUAAUGAUUUAACUUGCGCCGCACCCUAUGAAUUGGCCAAAAUUUAUCAGAAGGGAUUUCUGGAUAUCGUUAUUCCCGAUGAGAAAUAUUCCAUGGAAUUAUACAUUCAAGCAGCAUCUCUUGGCCAUGUGCCUUCGUCUACUUUACUGGGUCAAAUUUAUGAAACUGGUAAUGAAGUGGUACCACAAGAUACAAGCCUUUCAAUUCAUUACUAUACACAAGCUGCUCUAAGAGGUGAUCCAGUAGCAAUGCUUGCUCUAUGUGCUUGGUAUUUAUUAGGUGCUGAGCCAGCGUUUGAAAAAGAUGAAAAUGAAGCUUUCCAAUGGGCAUUGAAAGCUGCAACAGCAGGAUAUCCAAAAGCACAGUUUACUUUAGGGUAUUUUUAUGAAAAGGGUAAAGGUUGUGAACCUAAUGAAGCAUAUGCAUUGAAAUGGUAUGAAAAAGCUGCACAAAAUAAGGAUAAUCGUGCUAUAAGUAAAUUAAAAUCAAUGGGUCAAGAGGAUAGAUUAACUGUUAACAAAAAGAAAAAUCAUAGAAAAUCAAGAAGUAUUAACACUAUUGGUCUGUUUAAAAAUUUGGAUAGUGAUAAUGGAUCUACUUAUUCCAUGAGAAAUUCUUCCAGUCCAGGCUUAUUUACUAAUAGUACUUCUCAACGAGAAUUAUCAAAUAGUGGUGAAAGUGGAUUUAAAGUGUUAAGUGAUCCACCUACUUCGACAGCUGGGGUGGGUGCUCAUAGAAAUACGCAGAGCGUACCUUCACAACCAUCUUCAUCCCAAGGUAAAAAGUCUGAGAUAAAUAGGUUUCAAACUCAACCUGCCGCCCUAUCUUUACCGAAGGCUAAUAACACACCUGCGGAUAAUGAUAAGGAUAGAAAGAAAAAAGACUGCAUUGUAAUGUAA